AUGGCUUCACACGAUUCUGGUUCCACCCUCGAGGCGAGACUUGCGGCCGUGGAGAAGCUAGCACAACGAGCCUACGAUCGAGGAGAGGUAGAGAACGUGUUCAGCAAGUAUAUGCAUCUUCACAAUGUGUUCCAAGACGAACAGAUCAAGGCUCUGUGGGUCAAGCGUGGUACCCCUGGAGUCCACGCCCAGUACACCAAUGUCGGAGUGUACACCGACUACGACAGCAUUAUGGCCUACCAUAGCGGCCGACCGUCACCACCUGGAAAGCUGAUCCUACACGAAACUACCACCCCAUUGAUCGAAGUUGCAGGCGAUGGUGAAACUGCAAAGGGGUUUUGGUUGAUGGCUGGAGUUGAAAGCGGCCUAGCUGACCCCAAGAACGUGGGAACUAUGCCAGAAUUUCUCUACGAGCCUGAAGAUAAGAACGUCGAUGGCAAGAGAGUCUGGACUCACUGGGUCUGGUGCCACUAUGCUUUGGACUUUCUGAAGCAAGAUGGCCAGUGGAAGAUCUGGCACUUCCGGUGUCUUGAAGUGACUCGCGCACCCUUUAGUGAGAAUUGGAUCACAUUUGCCAAGAAGAAUCAGUUAGCGUUUGACAAGGAUCUUGCGUACUUUGGAAAUGACGGCAAGGCUGUCUUUAUGCCGACGCCAGAUGCCAAGCCAGAAAAGGUCAGUUAUGCGAACCUCGACCCCAUCUUCUCAGCUUCCAUCUCAAACCUUCUCCGCUCACCGCUGACCUCGGUCACUGUCGCUUUCAACCACCGCCCAAAUGCCAGUCAAUCAAUCGCACGAGAAGCGACCGAGAUGUUCUCCGACUCUCAGCUAGAGCUGCUGGCGCUGCUGGAGAGGGUCUUUUCGUCAAUCAGCCUCGUGGCUGUAGUGCUUAUUUUCGUGACGUACGGAAGCAUACCGAGGCUGCGCAAUCCUCGGAAUACGUUUAUUGUGUUUGCGAGCAUCGCGAAUUUGGGCGCUAGCAUUGGGACUGUUAUUUCACGCGACGGAUUGGCUCGUGGUGAGGACUCGGCACUUUGCAGGGCGCAAAGCUUCCUGGUACACAUGCAAUCUGAUGCCUGGUGGUCUCUCGGGUUUACACUGUUUUUCAUCUCGACUCCAGCGCGUGGUCCUGUCUAUGGAGCGACAACUACCUGGUGCUGGAUUCGAGAGUCUUGGGUCAGCAUACGACUCUUCACCUCAUACCUCUUUGUAUGGAUCUGCAUCGCGACGUCAAUCGUUUUGAACACGGCGGUCGGCUUUCGCCUCUUUCGCGCAAGAAAUAAGGCUCGAGGUAUCUUGAACUCGCGCAUUCAGACCACAGUAACCGAUCCUCAAACAGUAACAGAAACAAACACCGACACUGACGUACAAGUACUCGAACAUCCAUCCGCUACUGCCAUGUCUGAUGCGCAAAAGUCAACUCCCAAUGCCACGACCGUGGAGCCAAUUCCUCCUAGCCAAAAGCAACAAUCUUCAUCAUCAACCCCCAGUAGAACCAAAUCCAAGUUUUGGCUCAAAGACCCAAUCAAACGGGCUUACCUAUUCACAACCUUCAUGUUUACACUGAGCGUCCUUGUGACGUGGGUACCAGCGAGCAUCACACGUAUCCAUAGUCUACUUAACCGUGAUGUUCCAUACUCAUACCAAGUUGCCAUAGCGGCCGUUAUGCCGUUGCAGGGUCUCUGGAACGCUUUGAUCUUUUUCACGACUAGCCGGGGCGUUAUAAAGGAUGUGAUUCGCAAGAAAUGGGGUCGUUGGGUCUUCAAGCCCAUCAAGAACAAUACCGAAAUAGUGGGAAGGGAGAGUGCUCCAAGGGUAAGGGUCAGUGAGCACACUAACAGCACGGAUUCAGCAAGUGAUAUUGAGCUCCGCCGACUGGCGAGGUGA